GCGCGUAUGACAUCAGUGGGAUUUAACUUCCGGGUGGAGUAACGUUGACGCAAUCCGCUGAAAGUUGACGAGAAGCGGCUUUAUUUCUCUCUCCUCAGACGCUUUGAUGAGACGCAGCAGGUGUCGUCAGCGCUGAGGUCAUCGAGGUGAACACAGAAUGGCCAGCGCAGCGUCCAGCGAGAGCUCCUCUUCAUCGGCGGCGACCGGUCAGACGGCCGGAGAGAGCGGCGGCGGGGGGGGGGCUCAGGACAGCACGUUUGAGUGCAACAUCUGUCUGGACACGUCCAAAGACGCCGUCAUCAGUCUGUGUGGACACCUCUUCUGCUGGCCGUGUCUUCAUCAGUGGCUGGAAACCAGGCCCAACAGACAGGUGUGUCCCGUGUGUAAGGCCGGCAUCAGUCGAGAUAAAGUGAUCCCGCUGUACGGCAGAGGCAGCACCGGUCAGCAGGACCCCAGAGAGAGGACUCCUCCUCGACCCCAGGGCCAGCGUCCAGAGCCGGAGAACCGCGGCUGUGCUUUCAGUGGUGUUGUGUGUGUGUGUGAUGGAGGUUUCCAGAUGUCUUUCGGCAUCGGGGCGUUUCCGUUCGGGAUCUUUGCAACGGCGUUUAACAUCAACGACGGACGACCUCCUCCAGCAGCUCCAGGAACUCCUCAGCACGCAGAUGAACAGUUCCUGUCGCGUCUGUUUCUGUUCGUGGCGCUGCUCAUCAUGUUCUGGCUGCUAAUCGCUUAAACACUGAACAGCUGUAGGACGCUGCGGGAGGACUAGCGGCUAGCUGACCCCUUUCCGUGAAAGAGGUGUCUGUGAUCCUCACCGUUUGCCUAAUGCUCGGUUUUCUUCCCAGAUAUGAUUUUUAAAUAAAUGCCAGAGUCUUAUUUCUCUAUUAUUGGGUUUUUCUAAGAUUACGGUGCCAAACGCUGACGCUCACUAGUUCGUAGAACCCGUACAAAUCCUACCAGAGCAUAAAUGUACUUCCUUUAACUUUAAUUCAUAUUUUUGUUUGUACAUAACUUGUGACGUGGGCCGUAGGAGAGCCUUUGUUCUUUUAAUAAUCAAAAUAAAAGUCAGACACUAAAAACCA